AAUGAACUGAUAUUUAUGGAAUUCAUGUGGAGGGGAAAAUGAGAUGAAACGCACGCACAGGAGGGUAACCGGCCUACGUGCGCGCUUCCUAUCGCCGCUCGAAUGGGACUCGCGUUGCGCGCCCUCCCCUCCGGUGAACGCCGCGGUGUUUGCGCCCUGGUCGGGACUGUCAUCCUCUCUGACCGCCCGGUUUUUCGGAGAGCAGAAGUUGGCAGAGGGAUGUUCCGGUGAUGAUGGCGCUGCAGCUGAGGAGCGGGGAUGCUGCAUACUACCAGAGCGCAGAAUACUGCAGAAACUACACUUCGCAGCCCGUCAGCUACGGUGACAGCAGCCAUUAUCUUGCGCGAUUGCCAGGUCCAGACACCAUGCUGAAGCCGCCUCUGAGUCUCUUCAGUCAUCCCCAGCAGCCCUUCCAUUUCAUGGACUCUCUGCACCAUUUAGUACCUCCACCCAUGGCACCUACGCAACCCCUAGGCCCCCCACCCAUUGCCCCCACCCAACCCAUUGGACCCCCAACCCUGGCUCCUACUCGGAGUCUAGGGCCCCCUCAAAUACCUUCUGCUCACACACUAAGGCCUCCAUCCAUUGCUCCGCCUCACACCUUAGCCCCACCUCCAAUGCCCCCAGCGCAGCCACUGGGCCCUCCGCCAAUGGCGCACACUCUAGUUCCGCCACCUGUAGAUCCAACACAAGCCAUUGUACCUCCAACCAUAGACCUCACCCAAUCCUUAGGGCCUCCGCAUCUCACCCCAGCUCAAGCCCUGAUCCCCCCGCCAUUAGUGGCGGCUUCGCCCAGCCGUUUUCCGCUGCCUCCCGGCCCCUUGUCCUCGCCCCACGCUUCGGACCCCGACCCAUCACAGAUGACCCCAAGGCCCCCAGGACCAGCUCCCAAUCCACCGCCAGUACCCAGCUACCUGUGUGGUCCUCUGGCAGGCCAAGCAGCUCCUGCCAGCGAGCAGCCCCAGGAUGAGGGCUCCUCGCUGGGGGUGGAGGAGCAGGAGGACUCUCUAGGCCUGGAAGAACUGUGUAAACCACUUUACUGUAAACUCUGCAAUGUUACACUCAACUCUGCUCAGCAGGCACAAGCCCACUACCAGGGAAAGAACCACAGCAAAAAGUUACGAAACUUCUACGCCGGCAGUCAGCAGCCACCUGCCAUCAGGAUACCAGAAGCCCUGGAGGGAGCCGGUCAGAGCGCCGGCUCAGGAGCGAGUGAUGGUGAUGGAGGCAGACAGGCGCUGUAUAAAGGGGCGCCCCGGGUCAUCCUGGCCACAGAGAACGACUAUUGUAAACUGUGCGACGCCUCCUUCAGCUCGCUGGCAGUCGCACAGGCCCACUACCAGGGCAAAAACCACGCCAAGAAGCUGCGGCUGGCUGAGGCCCAGCAGAACUCAAACAACACGGAAGGUAGCAACGACGGAGCCCCGAGGAGAAAUCGUAAAGAUGGAAGCGAGUACCGACUGGUGAAAAACCGCCGCAGCCCACAGUUGCCCGUCGCCAUGCCAGGGCCGUAUUACAACCCCAGACCGAGGCAGCGCAUCCCCAGGGACUUGGCCAUGUGCGUGACUCCCAGCGGGCAGUUCUACUGCUCCAUGUGCAACUGUGGCGCCGAGCAGGAGACGGACUUCAGGCAGCAUCUGGAGAGCAAGCAGCACAAGGCCAAAGUCUCCGAGCUGAGAUACCGCCACGAGAUGGAGAACCUCGGGUACAGCUAAGAGGGCCGAGGAAAAAAAACGUGGAAGGUGGCUCGCGGUGGAUUCAAACAGUGACCUGCGCGAGAACGUUUUACGCCCAAACUGGAGGCCGGGGCUUAAUGCCGAUCAGCUAACAUAUAAUUUAAACGUCAAAUCUAGACAGGAGCAUUUAAAAAAAAAAA